CUGCAGUUGAUUUCUGAGCCCGUGGAAGAACACGGGGUGCGCCAACGGCGUUCGCUCCAGCGCCCUCCGUGUCCCCUUGGCGGGCGCCGGCCUCGCCAUUGGAGAUGAUCCGGAGCUGAACCCAAACCCCCGGGAAUUCGGGACGCCGAGCGCCGGAGCAAAUGGAGCAGCUGGUGGGGGUUCACAAUCACCACCACCACCACCACUCCCUCUCCCCUCGGACCCCUCGCACCCCGACCCGCGCGCAGCCGCAGCCGCAGCCGCUCCUCCACCACCUGCCGUCCAACCGGUUCCGGGAUCCCCAGUCCCAGAUUCGCGCCGCUGCCGGCAGGAUCCUCCGCGCCACCCCGCCCUUCUUCCUCGUCCUCCUCGCCGCCGUCUACCUCCUCGCCUCCGUCACCAUCUUCUCCGCCCCCACGCCGCUGCUCCGCCUCCGCGGGACCUCUCCCAGGCCCCUCCUCCUCUCCAUGCCCGCGCCGCCGCCCGCGCCGGAGUUCUUCGAGCUCCACGGCGGGGGGCUUCGGGUCCGCCUCACCAAUGUCGGCGCCGCCGUCACCUCGCUCCUUGCCCCGGACAAGAACGGGGUUCUCGCUGAUGUGGUGCUUGGGUUCGACUCGCUGGAUCCGUAUCUGAACGGAACUUCACCUUACUUUGGCUGCAUUGUUGGUCGAGUUGCAAAUAGAAUCAAGGAUGGAAAGUUCACUCUAAAUGGGGUGCAGCACAAUCUGAGUAUCAACAACCCACCAAACACUCUUCAUGGUGGAUUUAAAGGGUUUGACAAAACUGUAUGGGAAGUUGCGGAAUAUAACAAAGGGCACAACCCUUCAAUCACCUUUAAGUAUUAUAGUAAAGACGGAGAGGAAGGUUACCCAGGUGAUGUUUCUGUUACUGCGAGAUAUUCCCUUCUUCCAAGUGCAACACUGAAGCUUGAGAUGGAAGGCAUACCAUUGAAAAAGGCCACACCCAUCAGUUUAGCACAGCACACCUAUUGGAACCUUGCAGGCCACAACUCAGGAGAUGUGCUUUCGCACUCGGUCCAGAUAUGGGGCUCUCAGUUAACUCCAGUAGAUCAAACCUCAAUACCUACAGGCGAGUUCAUGCCAGUUAGCGGUACUCCCUUUGAUUUCUUGACUGGGAACAUGAUUGGAAGCAGAAUUGAUCAGGUCCCUGGUGGUUAUGAUCACAAUUACGUGCUUGACUCUGGUGAAGUGAGGUUAGGCUUGCGACAUGUGGCAAAAGUAGCAGACCCGUCAAGCUCAAGAGUCCUAGACAUUUGGGCAGAUGCACCUGGAGUGCAGUUCUACACUGGAAAUUUUCUUCAUGGCAUUGUGGGCAAAGGAGGUAUGGUCUACGGGAAGCAUGCUGGCCUUUGCCUUGAGACGCAAGGUUUCCCAAAUGCUGUUAAUCAACCUAAUUUUCCAUCUAUUGUCAUUCACCCUGGUGAGAAGUACCAGCAUACGAUGCUGUUUGAGUUCUCUACCGAGUGAUGUAGCCCCUGUAGAUAUACACCAUUUUUCUUGUGUUUUCUGCUUGUCAUUAGUUAUAAGCUAUGGUGCGGCAGUUGUUAAAUUUAUUCUUGAUAGGGCUAGAUAUAUAACAGAAUGUAACAAAAUUAGUAGGAAUGGGGCGAAUUUGCUGCCAUGAAAGUGUAGGUGUUUCCAUCUCAUGUGAACCCUGUACUUACGAGUUAAUGAUAGUUCAUCCAGGAUUACUGGAUUAACAA